AGAGACGACGAAGUCAAGGAUCAACGGUUUCCUUUUUCUCUAAACAAACGCUCCUUUUAUGUUCAUGGCAUUAUUAGGUUUUUUGGUACUUUCUCUUGGCGUUCGUCGUCCUCGCGAAAUGACGUAGAUGUGAGGAAGAAGACGAAUCGUUCGUCGUCUCUGAUUUUUGAUUUUUUUCAUUUUAAUUGUUUUUUUUCGCCGGAGAACGGUGGUUUCCGGCGAUGAAGACGUCUCUGCGACGGUUGCGGGGUGCGGUUCACCACAAGCAUCAGGCCAAGGACCGGAGAGAUCUCCGAGCUCUUACUCAGAAGGACGAGCUUGCUCAGGCAUCGCAGGAAAUGCAAGACAUGAGAGAUUGCUAUGAUGGUUUGCUCUCUGCUGCUGCUGCUACAGCGAACAGUGCAUACGAAUUCUCUGAGUCAUUGCAAGAAUUGGGUUCUUGUCUACUUGAGAAAACAGCUUUAAAUGACGACGAAGAAAGUGGUAGAGUGUUGCUAAUGCUGGGAAAAGUGCAGUUUGAACUCCAGAAACUUGUUGAUAAUUAUCGGUCUCAUAUAUUUCAAACAAUCACAAGCCCUUCUGAGUCACUUCUUAAUGAACUUCGAAUAGUUGAGGAAAUGAAGCGGCUUUGUGAUGAGAAAAGAAAUGUUUAUGAACACAUGCUUAUGAAAACUAGAGAAAAAGAGAGGUCGAGGAGUGGGAAAGGAGAGACUUUUUCCAUGAAUCAAUUACAAGAAGCUCAGGAGGAAUAUGACAAUGAAGCAACCUUAUUCUUUUUCCGUUUAAAAUCAUUGAAACAAGGUCAAACACGUAGUCUUUUGACACAGGCAGCUCGUCACCAUGCUGCGCAGUUAUGCUUCUUCAAGAAGGCUCUGAAGUCUCUCGAAGAAGUAGAGCCGCAUGUGAAGAUGGUAACUGAGUCACAGCAUAUUGCUUACCAUUUUAGUGGACUUUACGAUGAGGAUGAAGAUGACGAAAUUGAAAAUAAUGAUGAUGAUGAUGGCUCUGAAGCACAAGACGACGGGGAGUUGAGUUUUGACUACAGAGUAAAUGACAACAACCAAGAAGAUGCAGUUUCUGCAAAACACUUCUCCUCAGAGUUGGGUCAGUCAGACAUCACAUUUCCACAGGUUGCAGCAUCAGACACUCCAAAGGAAAACGUGGAAGCAAACUACCGGAUAUCAAAUUCGUUAAUGGCGGAGAUUAGGGCCGUUAGCCAGUCAGCACCCCUUUUGGCUGAGAACCGUACACCUCUUCCUGCUGAAAAGCUAUUGCAGAUGCGAUCAUCUUUUACACGGAAAUUCAACACGUAUGUAUUGCCAACACCCUCGGAAACGAGGAGCCCCGCAUCUCCAGCACCAGGAAAUACGGUUUCUCAUCCGCUGAAGAUGAAUACAGAUCCACGUAUGUUCAGAAACAUAUGGUGCUCAUCCCCAUUGGAAGCCAUGGCAAACCUUCAUGGCUCGGAAAAGGUCUCUAGAUCCGUAACCUCAAAAGGUCAGGUACUGAGAGAGAGUAACAAGAAUACAUCUUCUCGGUUGCCUCCUCCUUUGGCGGACGGACUAUCUUACUCUCGUCACAGGCAACAACUUACUUCCGACACGAAAAGACUCAAGAGACAAUCCUUCUCUGGUCCGAUCACAAGCAAGCCACUCUCCUCACCCCCUCAACUCUACUCGGGUCCUAUCGUUAGGAAUCCAAUCUCGAAGCCGCCAUCGACUUCUCCGAAAAUAUCCUCCCCGACGUUUCUUUCAUCUCCCAAGAUAAGUGAGCUCCACGAGCUUCCUCGACCACCAGACAGGUCUAUGUUCAGGUCCUCGAGGGCGUUAGGACAUUCAGCCCCUCUGGUUCCACAGGACCGAUUGCUUUCCACGGCUCGGAAUAAACCCCUGGUCUCAAAUUCAGCCUCUCCGCUUCCGCAACCACCUCCAAUCACCCGUAGUUUCUCGAUACCUACAAACAGUCUUAAAGUAGCAGCAUUAGACAUGUCGAAGGCGAGCACGACAGAGGAUACUGAAAAGAUAGGCGCAGUUGGAGGUACGGUGUCGCCUCCCCUAACCCCUGUUAUGUCAGCGGUCCAUCCGAAAUCUGUCGCUCGGGAUUUUGCAGAUUUUAAGGUUGGUCGGAAACAAGGUGAAGACUGAUCGGUGUUUGAAGAUGCCACUGUUACGGAAGUAGCUUACGUAUUAUUGCCGGAGCAUUUCGCCAUAGGUGCAGAUAUGUGUAUGUAUAUAUAUUCUCUCUCUCUUUUUUCCUCUCUGAUGUGUUAGCAGCGUAUCAUAUCAUAUUUGGUCGACAUGAUGGCGAAUAAAAUACAUGCCCCCGUGCAUGCAUGCGUUUGGGCAUAUAUCAUCAACCUUUUUGUUUUCAUUUUCCCUUAUCCGUUGAUGGUAAAAAGUCUUGAUUUUGCUUCUCCAAUGGCGUUGAAAUAUUCUUUUCACUUUGGUUAUUUUUGUUUUAGAAAAAUUAUAUC